CCAAUAGAAUCUGAUUCAUUGGAAAAUCCUAUAGGAAAAUUACAACAUUGGGCUCAAUCUAGAGGGUUUAAAAUACCUGAAUAUAAGCACAUUGAAAAACAAUUUGAAAAUAGACCAGGUUUCGAAUGUGAAGUUAUUAUUGAGGGUAAAAGUUAUGGUAUUGGCUUGAGCAGUAAUAAGAAGGAUGCAAAGAAAAAAGCGGCGAUUAAUGCUCUAGAAGCAAUUUCCGUAUAA